GUCUCCCACCUACAAUAAAUUCUCAAAUUGUUAUUCCAACAAAACGACAUGAAAGGAUUAGCGAGGGCGGUCUCGGUGACCGGAUCUCGUUUCGACGAAGUCCUUAUCGACACAACAGCUCCACUUCCCAUUAUUCAAGCCGACGACCCUCUACCUCACCCAGACACAAAUACUCGCGUCGUCGUUGAUUUGACUCACCACCCAAAGCCUUAUCGGAACAGCAUGAAAAUUUUAGAUGUCGAGGACGCCAUCUUUUGA